AUGAGGAUGCGGGCCCCUUCGCCACCCCGGCAGCGGAUGCGGCCGAUGAAACUGCCAGGGAUGCGUGGGAUGCGGUGCCUCCUGCAGCGGCAGUGCCGCCCCCGCCGGCCGACUGGCUGGCGCCUUUGCCGCAGGGGUCACCCCCUCAACAGCCCCCUUUGCCCGCGGGGACGCCACCUCCGGAAGCGCACCCGCCGCUCCCUUAUCCCCCGGGGACACCGAGGGAGGAACCUGAAGAUGAUCCUGAGAAAGAGAACAGAGCGCCUCCACCCUCCCCGCCCUCGUCACCUGCGCACAACGAGAACUGCACGGCGGGGUCCAGCUCAGGCAGCACUGACGAAGACGUGGAGGUCGCAGACCUGGCACCAACGCGCGAUACCGCUGCACUCGAGUUUAUGUCUGAUUGGCUGGCCGCCUGCAGGAUGCCGCCUCCAGCCCCACCGUCGGCGCCUGCUGCUAGUGGUCCAGUGAUGGCACGGCGUGUACCGCUCCAUCCACUGGCUCCCUACAAGGAUGAUGGGGUUCCUACGCCUUGGCUUGGUAGAAGCCGUUACGAUCCGCUAGGGCUUUCAGAGCCCACCCCAGCCUGUCCCGCCUCCACGCCGCCUGGCCCUGCCCCAGCGCCUGCAGCGAACGCAUCUACAUCCAGUACCCCAGCCACAGUCCCUUCACGAUCCGUGCCGACUACAUCUCCUGCCGUUGACCCUACCUGGGCCCCUUCACGAACGGCGUCGAGAGCUACCCCAACCAUUGGCCGUCCCCAGGCGCCCUCUACAGUGAGGACUCCAAUUGGCUUUCCCCCUCCGCCUCAACGUGGCCGCUACCAUCUUCGUGGUCGCCCUGUGGUCAGGCCGAUGGGACCAACUAUCUUCAGCAGACUAGGACCCCAUCCAUCUUCCAUGCCUAUGGUGGAAGGGACCAAUCCCGUUCCGUAUCCGCACUCGUGGAGGCGAUCUGCAUGGCCGCCUUACUUUACCGUGAGGGGACCACGGCCAGGCACUUACUGGUCAUGGCGUGGCCCUCUUCAAUAGAGUAAUAAUCUUCUUCAGUAUCUGUUCUAUGAUCUAAUAAUUUUUCAGUUUUGUUUGUUAUGGCUCUCAAUAUGUGAACUAGAAUCUAAAAAACUUGCU